AUGACUGAAUCUUUAUUUGAUACCAAAUUCACAUCUGAACCAUCUGCAGGCAAUACAGCAGGUAUUUCCUCGGAAGAGAGCCCUAUCAAUAACACAGGAGUAUCUCCAAGUACUAAUGGUAGCAAUGACAAUGCUAAUGGUGAAACAAACACAUUACCAUCGAUUAAUGAUAAUUCUAAUUCAUCAGCAUUGAUAAAUUAUAGGGUCUUAGUUUCGGCUAAAGAGUCUGGAUGCUUGAUUGGACAAAAUGGAGCAGUGAUUGACUCAAUUAGAGAAGAGACCAAUACGAAGGCUGGCAUUUCGAAGUUACAACCAGGUUCGCAUGAGAGAAUUCUUACCGUUAGUGGUACAUUGGACGAUUGCGCCAAAGCAUUGAGUUAUUUUGCACAGGCAUUAUGUAAUGCAAAUAUUGAAAACUUGGUCAGCUACAGCUAUUUUCCAUUGAAACAAUUGUCUCUGAAUCCAUGUGUCGAGGGCGAAACUACUAUUUUAAGAUUGUUGAUUCCAAAUGCUCAAAUGGGAACGUUGAUUGGUUCUAAGGGUGCCAGAAUCCAACAAAUCCAAGCGAAUUACAAUAUUUCCAUGAUUGCUUCGAAAUCCUUCUUACCGGGGUCAAACGAAAGAUUAGUCGAAUUACAAGGUACUGUCGACAACUUGUAUGACUCGUUGAGAAUUAUCUCCAGGUGUCUCAUCGAAGACUUCUCAUCUAUAGUAGGCACUAGUUAUUAUGUUCCAAAAGCAUCCAAUUAUGCAAGAAAUAAUAACCAAACUAACAAGAGAUUCAAUAACCAAAAUGCUGUUACUACUUCUAUUUCGUUUGCAAAUGAUAUGGUUGGUGCUUUAAUUGGCAAAAACGGGUCGAGAAUCCAAGGUGUACGUAAGGUUAGUGGUGCAACUAUCGGAAUUUCUGAUGAAGUUGAAGGUAAGCCUGAGCGUGUAUUCACUAUAUCGGGUACUGCUCAUGCUGUUGAAAAGGCAAAAAGUUUAUUGUAUCAUAAUUUAGAAAGAGAAGAGCAAAGAAGAGCUGAAUCUGAAUCUAAAUAA